GCAGAGGGAGGACGGCAGGGGAAGGACGGCAGGGGAAGGACAGCAGGACGGCAGGGUAAGGACGGCAGGGUAAGGACGGGAGGGGAAGGACGGCAGAGGGAGGACAACUGGACUUGGAGGUCUUUCUCAGGCUUCUGCUCAGUCAUCAAUGACCUGGUUUGGUUGUUGAGUGACAGCAGUGAACUGAAUGCUCAUAUUUCUGGGUUCCAGCCUGACCAUCGGUCGUGUCUCUAUGCAGGGUCGGCUGUAAAACCUGGCAGGAAGGCCAGAAAGAAGCAGAGGAGGAGGAAGCAGAAGGUCCCGGCGGAGAUGGCGGCCGAUCCGGAACUGGCUAAAUACUGGGCUCAGCGCUACCGACUGUUUUCCCGCUUUGAUGAGGGCAUCUGGCUGGACCGAGAGGGCUGGUUCUCUGUGACGCCGGAGAAGAUUGCUGAGCACAUCGCCGUCCGAUUGGAGCAGAGCUUCCCCGACGCCCAGCUGGUCAUAGACGCCUUCUGCGGCGUGGGAGGAAACGCCAUCCAGUUCGCCCUGACUGGGAAGAGAGUCUUGGCCGUCGACAUCGAUGCGGAUCGGCUGGACAUGGCUCGACACAACGCCGCCGUCUAUGACGUCGCCGAGAGGAUCGACUUCCUGCAAGGAGACUUCCUGGAGCUGGCGCCCACUCUGCGUGGGGACGUGGUCUUCCUGUCCCCACCAUGGGGGGGGCCGGAUUAUCUGAAUGCAGAUGUGUUUGACCUGAGGACCAUGAUGGAGCCCGAUGGCUUCCAGAUCUUCAGCCGAGCCAAACGCAUCUCAGAAAACAUCGUUUAUUUCCUGCCUCGCAACGCAGACGUCAACCAGGUGGCGUCGCUGGCGGGUCCCGGAGGGAAGGUGGAGGUGGAGCAGAACUUCCUGAACAACAAGCUGAAGACCGUCACCGCUUACUUUGGCCACUGGAUGGCGCCCGACGCCUAGCGCAGUUUUAGCUAGUUUAUUUUCUAGGAACCGUUUUAGAUCGUUGAGUUUUAAUGUUGCUGUUUUUUAUACAUUUAAACACAUUAAAGUUUUUUAAUAAGGUUAAUAUUAAAA